AUGGUAUGAUCGGAUGAUCUGCGAAAAAUAAAAACCUUUUUACGAGCAUUCUCCCUCACAAAUGACAUGCAAACUCCUUGAUUCGCCAUGCAACUUAAAUGACUGUAAGUGCUCGGGACACAUAAAUGUUUGGCCCAUUAGGCCGAGAAGUUGUUGGUCUCGUUAGAAAAGAUUUUGUGGGAGGCCUUUGAUGGGGUAAAAGAGGAGAAAGAUCGUAUUUGAUAAUGGCUUGGAGGCCCGAGAUGUCAUUAACAACAAGAAAACAGCAGAAAUGAGUCGAGAAAACUCCGAAAUUGUAAAUUUGUCUUCAGAUAACGGACUAGGAAGAAAACUCUUCCAUUUUUCACACAUUUGAUUAGGAAUUUCUCACGGAAUCAUGUAGUAUUGGUCACAUUAGUGUACAUAAUACAUAAAUCUUUUGCAGGUCAAAAACGGAAUCUUCUUGGCCAACGUUUCCCUCUCCAACUGCAACAACAUCAACUCCACAGUCCAGUUAGUGGCUACAGUAACCGACAGCAACCAGGAAUCCGAGACUUUGGCCAUAGAAUACAGUCCUAAAGGGCCCGAACUGGAGAUCAUUCCAUCACGGCCGUUCGUUACCAAAGAUACAAAGGAAAUAUAUCUAUAUGUAGGUUUUACGUUACAAAAACGGGUGGAGUACAAGAUGGGAAAGGUCGGAAGGAUCUUUUUUCCGAAAUGGGAAUGCGGAAAAUUAAUUAAAAAAAAGAGUCCGAAAUUAGUCAUCUUGACAUAGAGGAAUCAUAAUCAAAAUAACAUCGGGAGAGAUAAUCACAUCCAAUUUGAAGAGCCAAGAAUCUAGGCACAAAGCUAGCAAAAGUUAUGUUUUAAGUAAGUUGUUUCGCCUGAAAAUGUAGGGAAGAGGCCAAGAAUCACCUCAGGAGAGUUUAUACCCGUAAUAUGACGUCAUAGAAGGUAAACUGACGCCUCCGGUGAUCUCUCCAUGACCCCCGAAAUUCAAUCUUUUCUAAUCCGAGCAUCUCCUUCCCCUCAAAACACUACUUUUUGUAAUGACUCUCUGAAUUUGCAACAUUACGGGCAUAAACGCCCUAAGCCUAAUUAUCCUCGAAUUAGUGGUCGGAUGCCUGAGGGGAUGUCCGCAUUAAUUUGGAACACUUUCCUGAACCGCUACUUCUGACGUCCUCCCUACAGUUGUAAUUAACUCUAGACGUACCUAUUACUAGGCAAUAUAAAUAGUAAUCACGGUAAAUAGUAGUGGUAAAGUCCCGGAAACUGACGAUGUCAUAAACAGUAAUUGUAAAUACUUUGAUUGCACAACAAAAAUAUUAAAAAUAGGUGAGAAACUUACGGAUUAAAAAUUUUCGAACAAAAGUCAAUUACUGUAAUGCAGUCUUGAUCCAGAAAAGAGGCACGGAUAACAAAAAGACCACCCAGGAACAUGGAAAAUGACCCUCGGGGACUCUAAAAUGACAAAACACAGUUCUUUUUUGGGCACGGAAAUCCAUAAAAUAUUCUCUAAGAUGUCUUUAAUUGUUGUCUCUGCUUACUUUUUCCAUACUUUGUAGCGAGAAUUACGGGAAAUGCCGCAUUUUCUUAUGUAACGGCUAGGGAAGUAAUCCAAGUGCAAUGCUCAGAUUUUGAUGAAACCCAACAUAAACUUAGAUUUAUUUUUUCUAAGAUUUAUGCGGGACUCCUACACCGCGUUUUGCAGAAACGACCGAGAUCUUUGAUCGAAAGUCGGCAAAAAUAUACUUUUCGCGAUGAAAAGUCUUACGCCUAUGUCUACCUUAUUGUUAGAGGAGUAUUUACACAAAAAAAUAUAUUUUUCUACACAAAAAUAGGAUUAUGGAGAAAAAGUCUUUUACUUUCUGACUGCUCUCCACGUUUUGCAUACUGUCUCUGCUCUAAAUAAAGGUAAUUUAUAAAAAAAAAUAUGUGACCUAUGUCCGAUGUCAGUGCAAUCUCAUAAAAAAGGUUCUCAAAUUUUGUAAAAAAAAAUUCACAGAUAUUUUUUUACAUUUUUACAUAGCACACUUUAUAUAGGUCUAAAAAAAUUAACAGGUUGAAGAAGGAAGGUGAAAACAGGAAUUUUAAAAGCAUUUGUUCCGAAUUCCGCAAGUGUCACACAUCCGCAAAUGACCAAAUUCCGCAAAUAUCGCGGUGGCUUAAUUGUUAUUGUAGCGAGCCCAACUGGGCUGGCCAAAGGCAAUUUUAAACUGGUCGGGUCGACCCCUUCCGGCCAUGUCUACUUCGGAACACAUUACACCCGCAAAUUCUUUCUGUGAAGAUGGCUUUACGUACAUAUAUUUAUUCGUUCCAAAUUUAAUGAAAAAUCCGUCAAAUUGACAGAAACGGCCGUAAACGCGGUCCACGAAAGAGAGCGAUCCCAGUAAAGGAAAAGGAAGUCGAAAAGUCGGAUUGGUCAUAUUAUUGUAGAGCACAGCAUGACAAUUCUAAGAUCCGAGUAUCAUCUCGACCACAAAAUUGGAGUUAUUUCUUUUGGAGCUAAAAAGUGACAAUAAUUUUACACCUUUUGAUAAUUGUAAGGCUACAUUUCAAGCAUUUUUAUUGUAAAAUAUAAAGGGCUUUUGGAGUGGCCAAGUAUUACAACUUGAGAUUUUGAAGCUUCAAAUUUGAAUGAGUUGGACAAAAUUUGAAUGUUUUGAGAUAGUAUCAGGCAUCUAAAGUAAUAUAAAAUAUAAAGCCGUGAUUUACAUCAAAUUAACAAGAUGAUUUGAUGGCGAAGAUACGAUAUAUGCAUUUUUAUAUGUAAUCAAAAUCAUAUCCAUUUUUUAUGAUCCCCACAUAUAAUUUAGAUCCGAUAUCUCUCCAAACUCUCCACCAAUGAACGACUCUAUGUCGAAGAGCAUUGUGUCUCUAAAAACCGGAAUUACAAUGGCCGGGUCAGUCAUCCCCACGCCCAAGAACACCAAGGAUUUUAUGCAGUCAAAUUGGAAGUGAAUGAAAACUGUCUGGUCAACAUCAUCAAGGUACAUUAAUAUUUCCUUCCUUUUUAUUUCUUUAGAAUGACGUCAUUCCUGGGUUGUCUAGUAAGACUUUUGUAAAGAGUGUUCUAAAAUCGUAGAUUAAACAGUUUUUUUGUCCGAGAAUUGAUCUGAUCUCUAUGCCACGUUAUAUGAUAGUCGGAAGUCAUUUCAGGCGGCCGUCAAGACCAAUGGAGAAGCCAAAAAGGGACCUGAAGAAAUGCUGGCAUUACCAUUCAUCCACGACUCCGAUAAAAUUCACUUCAAUUGGAUUUCUGUCAGAAAGCCGCUGAAAUUUAUAUACCGGGAAGGAGAUGUAUUCGAAGCUAAAGUGGAGCAUCUCAACGAUCUUAACUAUGCGGUAGGCGCUUUUGUUUUGCUUAUUUCUUUAGGUUGUUUGUGAUGGGCAACUAAAGAGAUACGAACAAAUUACAACUGGAAGGUUAUCGAUUGAAGUGACCGGCUCGCUGAAUGGAAUCUGCACUUUCUAUGUGUAUUCGGCCAGUGCCAGUGACAACAAGUUCGACAUGUGGACUUUUAUGGCCGACACUGAGAAAUGCCCCAACAGCAAGGUAAGGAAAUGGUUAAGAAGUGUUACAUUUUGAAGUUAAUAUCUGAGCAGACACAAUGUCUUGUAAUUUCUUAUAGUUUGGAAUUGCUUUGUCCAAGAAUCACAUCCAAGUCGGAGAGAAUAUUGAUGUGACCCUUACGGGGACACCCCAUUCUCUGGCUCUUCUCAGAGUCAUCGACUCUCGGCUUGAGACUUUUCUGACGCACCAUUUACAUAAUAAGAGAAACAAGUUGUUUUUCUUCCCUGAGUUCUCUAAACCUGACCUUUCCAAUCAAAAUUCGUUCAUUUCUGGCCUUGUGGACUCCAAGGAAUUGUUCGGAAAUACUGGUACGUUGAUUGCUUCCUUCUCAUUCGUAUUUUAGUGAAAGUUUGUAAAGAUGCGGCAUCCGUUCUUAUCGAUUGCAACCUCAAUUUUUGCACUGGGAAAUCGGGAAUAUCGGAUACUUGUCUGGGAAUGCUGAAAUCAGAGUGUGGAGGAAAGAUAAACAACAUGGUGAUGGGCCCACUGACCGACGGGACUCCGGCAACUACCUCGGUCACUCGCCUUCACAAUGUUCUGAUGUCCAGUAUGUUCUUUUUCUCUAGGAAAAGGCUAUUUUAAGGUGCGUUCGAUUUCGUUGGAAACAAGGCAGAGGAAACGAAGCAGGUUCCAGUCCAAGAUGAUCCCAUCAGCAACACCCCAGUCCCCACUCAGGACAAGACCACCAAAGAUUUUAUUCGAGAAUUCUUCCCCGAAGUGUGGCUCUUUGAAGAUUACGUCAUACCGUAAGCUUUUCGUUAUGUAAUCUAACCCAUUUCCAGGGAAAGUGGAAAACACUCUCUGACUCUUCAAGGUCAACAUUCGGUCACCAAAUUUGUGCUGCAAUCUGGAUUCUGGACCAACGGACGUCAGAAUAUGUGCAAAACAGGGAUUCAUAACAUUCAGAUUGAACGGAAGAUCUACAUGAAUGUUGAUAUUCCACUUCAUGUCUAUGAGAACGAGACUAUUCAAGCGAGGAUUACGGUCAGUGGAGACCACACCGAAAGCAAACAGGUGAGAAUAUUGAUCUAAUUAGAUUUGUUCAGCUCUCGAUCUGUUUCGACUUUUUUUCCCCACUUGUCUGCGGUGAUGUCGGAUCGAAUGGGAUGUUGGGAGAGGUGGAAUACAGUCAGAUCACCCUGGAGCCGGGCCAAUCUGUGAUCAAGACCAUUUUUGUCAAGUUCCUGAAGACGGGAGACCAUAAACUUACAUUCAAAUUGGUCGAUAAUCCAACCUUUUCGGUAGGGCGAUGGCAUUGUCGAGAUGACGGUUUGUAUGUCCAUGAUCGAAUCCAGUUGAAUGUGAGGGUUGGGAACAGGGUGGAUCUGGAUGAACACUUCCGGAAGAUGGUCCUUCAACGUCCAAUAAGUCGACCAACCAUGUUAUUGAUGGAUGCGGGAGGUCCACAAAUGGUCGAUGUGAUUGGUUUGUUUUACAUCACACUCCGCAUGACAUUGAUUACAAUUUCUUUAUUUCCAUGAACUGUUUUAGAAUUUGAAAAGGAUUUCAUGGAGAACGGGACAAUGCUGGCUGAUGUGAAGGUCCAAUCCAAUGAGAACAUUUAUAAUUCGGAGAUGGAAUUGUCGGGUAAGACUUGGGGCUUCGGCUUUCAUUACCGUACGCUUCAGAAUGGGAGUAUUCGUUGGUGGAAUCCAAACCAAAAAAGAACCGGCUUCGACUCCUGAGUAGGCAACGCCGCGAUCUUACAGUAUCCUAUGGACUGGGUUCGGUGAUCAAGGGACUCUCCCAAUUGACUUAUCAAAAGAUUCGACAAAACAAAGAAGACGAAGAAUAUAAUACGGCCAUUGGGAGCUGUAAGUGCUUGUCCAAAAACUUAUAAUUAUAUUAAAAUCUUUGGUUUUAGUGCUUUCCGAGCUCUUGACUUAUUCCGAUUGUCAUUCCGGACAUCAGAAUCCCGCUUGUGGGUUUGGUGAAUACGGUGCCCCUUCGACCCCAUUCCAGCGAGAUCCUUUGCUCAGUCUCCUGGCCACCUCUUUAUUGUGCGAACAAAAUGCCGCGGAACAAUAUGUUUGUGGUCCCAUGGAGUAUUUUAAAGAGCUGGCUAAGACCCUCCCAUUGCAUCGACAACCAUCGUAUGUUGAUGGAAUGAGCUUUGUAAGUUUGCUUGGGGUAAUGGUUGAGAGAUUAUCGUAUUGAUUUAGAAGGAAGAAAAGGAUCGAAAGGACUUCCUCUUGGCCCUGAUCAGUUGGGUUGGACGUGAUUGUAAGAAAUACGAAUGUGUUUCCAAUUCAACGGCCUGGAAAGACAUCUACACCAUCAGGUUCGACGAAGCCGGUCAGAAUUAUAGAGACAUGAGAGUUGAUGCAGCUCUGGCGAGGGUUGUUACGACAUCCACUGCUAUCAUAAAGAAGGAUCGACUAAUGCAAAAGGCAGACUGUAAGUGUAGUUUUCUCAGGUUUGUAAGAUCUUGUUGUUUUAGUAAACCAAGUUCCCUUUUGGCGUGUAAAUUUGAAGAACGAAGAGAACGGACCAGCAGAUAUAAUGGAAGAUAGCGUUCAGAAGGUAGUAUUUAUUGUCUACAUUGAGAAUAAAUGAAUACUUUUAGAAUGCUGACGUCCUCGCCAAUUCUUUGGGCAUGCUGGCUUUCACAACUAAGGACGAUGAUUACAAUUACUGGAAGAAUUUGAUUGAUUUUGACAAGCUCAGCAAAUGGCUGGUCGAACAACAGGACAGCAACGGUCAAUAUGGCAGUCCUGUGGUAUGAGAAUUACUAUUUUCAAGUUGUUUUAGAUACAAGUGUAUGCUACAUUGAAUUCUAGGGUACCUACUUUGGCCUCCGAGCGUUGUAUGUAUAUGGGAAACAUCAAAUUGGUCACCGACUAACUCGACAUUUGAUGGGCAACAUCUCUGUGGAAGGAGAGAGUGCAGGACGAACCUUCAAUGAAACAGAUCUCCCGUUAGCACUGAGUGUAAGUAAUAACUUGUUGAAUUUAUUUCAAUUCAGCUCCCAACAAGUGCUAAGAAGGUGCACGUCUCAUCAUUUGGUGAUUCUCCUUUGGUUCUGGGAGUAAGAGUAUUAACGGAGAAGAGAAAACGAUCGAAGCGAGACCCCAACGACAUUUAUCCGGUGGAAAUCAAGCUGAGACAAAGGAGAAAUCCUAAUAAUUCGUUUACUCAAGUGGUCACCAUUACGUAAGCGAUGAAGGCGGUGUAAUUUUACAUAAAUUCAGACCCCAUUCGGCGUUAUUGAAGACCAUUCAAAUCGAGCACGGUCUUUUCACCGGCUUCACAUCGAAAAAAGAAUACUUUUCAACCGAUGUCACCGUAAUCAGACCAAUCGAAUUCAGUCACACGGCCGCUCAUUUUGUCCUUGGAGGCCUCCAAAAAGAUUCUCCGGCUACGUAUGAACUCACAAUCAAUGAACCCAGCAACGGUUACAUCCCCGAGAACCUUGCACCCAUCGCAGUCGUGGCCAGAAUGAAUGGAAUCGUGGGAGUUUUGGUGAUUGGUGCGGAGGAGCUCGACUUCUUUGGCAAUUUCCGACGAAAGAGAGAAGUCAGAACACUUUUGGAAUCCAAAUCAGAAUCCUCGGUGGUGGAGACGGUCUGUCUGGACAAUGGAGCGUGUACUUGCGCUGAGGUGACUUGUGAGACCGAGUGCACCAACUGUAAAUCAACCAGUGUGGAUCAAUUAUGUUCGGAAUUUAAGGAGAGAGGAUUCGGUAAGGGCAAGUUAGAAGAAAUAAUUGUUGUUUUUAGCUGUAAUUUUCCGGAUCGUAUCAACACGGACUGAACAACGGUUGGGUGCUAAUUAUGAUGUUUAUGAUGUGAAGAUCUUAGAAUGGUACGGCGGAGACAAGGGUAUGUUGUUUUAUCAGUCGUUGAACAGAAACUUUUAUUGUUUUUUGAUCAAAUUAUUUUAGAACCGGAGACAUUUUCUAUCUGGCUUCGCGAAUGCAAUACCCAGUGCCAUCUGAUGACUCGUCAGAAUACGGACAAGGCCCGAUAUCUCCUGAUCGGUAACCCCGAGGGCAUCUUUUAUGGCUCCCAAUCCGCCAACUCCAGCCCUGAUCUACUCAGAAAGCACUACUUAGUUCGGGACGGCGAUCGGCUAGCCCGCUCCAUGGACUGUUACAGCACCUUCAGCCAGUUCCAGGACGCCGAUUGUGUCCGCGCUUAA